UUUUGUGUUCUUUGUCUGUCUUUUAUUUGUUUCUAUUCAGGUUCGGUGAUUGUAUUUUGAAUGCACUGUUAUAUCUUUGUAAAAAAAAAAAAAAAACAUUCGUGCGAAAUGAAAAUGAAUGACAGUUAGCAUAAUAGCAAAAUUUUAUUUACACAAAGCCAAAUUUAUGAAGUCCCCACCUACUUUUAUCGUUUUUACGCCUACGAAUUUCGACUGUAAGCCUACUGUAAAUACCUAAAAUGCAUGAAUCUUUAAACUUUAAAAGACAUACUGCAAAUUCUGCAAAUGUGCUAACCUUUAAAUGAAGGCCAGUUUGUUAAUUUAUUGAUUUUUUGGUUUAUUUAGCCCAUUGUAUUGUUUUUCCCUACUAUUUACAAUCUAGUUUAGUUCAUUCUCUUAUUUGUAUACAAAUAAUAUUGGUUAUAGCAGAUGGCAGUUUCAUUUUUGUCAUAGACACCCUAGAGGUCGACCAUUUUUUAGACUUAGCUGCUAUCUAUCUAUCUAUCUAUCUAUCUUUUCAUAUUCAUUCUUUUCUCCACUAGCUGUCCUGUAAUUCCAUAUCCUGCCACACCCACCUACCUGAUUUACAGUCACCUUAUGAGUUGUGUUCCUGAGUCCAAUGAUUUCUGAGUUGAUACUGAACUACAGAGCAGACCAUUCUUAGAAUAAUGAUUAUCAAUAAGGAGUGAGUUGUUCAUCCCUACAGCUAUUGUCCUUCAUAAGUCAUAUCUGUACCUGUGAGAGUUAUUCAGAAAUUCCAGCAUUGCCCAUAUUAAGCAUGAGUUUUCAAUAUAGCUAUAUAUUACACAGGUAACUUGCAUACUGACUUAUGACACUAUACAUGGGCUUAUUUUAUUUAGCCUACUCAGUUUUGGCAGUGAAUGCUGAAUGCUGCUGAAUUGGUCUGGAGUCAACAGUGCCAUGAUUUAUUUCUGAGCCAAUCAGUAGUCUAUAAGCAGAUCAGAAACAGGCGAAUGAAUGAACGCGAGUGGAGAGAGAGAGAGAGGGAGAGAGAGAGAGAGAGAGAGAGAGCAUCAGCGCAGCUAGGACAAACUUGAAGCAGAACAUGCAGAAGAGGCUCUGCAAGGCAACAGUGCAGCUACUUGGUGGGUUCUGAGGCUACAGACAGCAGAGCCUGUUACGGAUUACAAUGAUUGCCACAACUCAACAAAACAUGACCACGGAGCUGGAGCUGGGUAGUAUAGACGGCCCCCCGCGGAACUGGAAGGGCAUAGGAAUCGCUAUGGUGGUGAUCCUGGCUGUUAUGUCUCUGGUCAUUCUUUCUGUCAUCCUCCUCACACCUGAUGAAUCUCACUUGUUACUCCAUUCCCAUCUCACCAUGGAGGAUCUGGAGAGUGCAGAGUUUAGAGUUUAUGAUCCCUGUGUGGCAUGGUUGAAUGAGAACGAAGUGGCUCUGCGCACCAGAGAGGGGCACAUCCUGUCUUUCACCCUUAACAACAACCUUACCACAACUCUGCUGGACAACAGCUCCCUGGACCUGCCCAUGACUAAAUUCCAGGUGUCUGCGGACAAGAGGUUUGUCCUCUUGGCGUUUAACAUUCGACCGGUGUUCUCUCAGUCCUUCACAGCCUCCUAUGCUAUCUACAAUGUGGCUAAUGGGGAUUGGCAGGAGAUUAUCCCUCCAGAGAUGGAGAAGGCGGUGCUGCAGUACGCCUCCUGGGGGCCCCAGGGGAACCAGCUGGCCUAUGUGUUUGAUGGAGAUAUCUACUACAAGGCGAGUGUGACCAGCACGCCCCUGCGUCUUACAACCGCUGACCAGGAGCAGAAUGUGGUGAACGGCAUCUCUGAUUGGUCUUAUGAAGAGGAGCUACUCUUGUCAUACGUUUCCCACUGGUGGUCUAUGGAUGGCGCCCGGCUGGCGUACCUCAGCAUCAACAACUCUGGCACACCUGUGAUGGAAAUACCUCAUUUCUUAGGUGGUCUCUACCCCUCCAAUGUCUUCUUUCGCUACCCCAAGGCUGGUUCCAAUAUCCCAUCAGUGAGUCUUUUUGUAGUGAAUCUUUAUGGUCCAGCCCACACUCUGGAGAUGAUGCCUCCUGACUCUCUUAGGGCCAGAGACCGUUACAUCUCCAUGGUGACGUGGAUCAGCAGUACCCGGCUCGCGGUUCGUUGGCUAAAUCGUGCCCAGAACCGAUCAGUACUCUGCGUGUGCGAGGCCACCACAGGGGCAUGCUCUGAGAAACACAAAAUGACUAUGGACAUAAUGCGAAACCAACGGCAGGAUUCACCAUUGUUUUCAGCUGACGGCUCAGUGUUUUACACCAUCCUGCCAGCCAAGCAAGGCGCUCGUGGAGAGUUUCACCACAUUGCCGGUGUUUCAGCCCAGCCUGCCAUCCCUUCUGUUCCUCCGCGUUUCUUGACAUCAGGAAGCUGGGACGUCAUCUUGCUCUGCGCCCUAGACGAGAAGGCUGGAAAGAUCUAUUUCCUGAGCACAGAGGAAUCUCGACAAAGCAGACACCUUUAUAGUGUGGACCUGGAUGGGGUGUUUCAGCGUCAGUGCAUCUCCUGUAACCUCAUAGAUGGAUGUCGCUUCUUUAAAGCUGAAUUCAGCCACAAUCAAACCCACUUCAUCCUCUACUGCUUAGGCCCAGGAAUCCCUAAAGUGACAGUUCACAGUACAAAGGACCCCUCCAGAUAUGUUGUCUUGGAGGAUAACAGCCCUCUGUCUAAAGCCCUGGAGGAUAAGAGCCUCCCUGAGACUCUGUUCAGGACCUUUCCUGCAGAUAACCACGACCUGCACCUGAAACUCUCUCUACCUCAGGGUUACGAGGCAGGCCUGCUCCCUCUCCUCAUCAUUGUAGAUGGUGUUCCAGGCAGUCAGUCUGUGACGGAGGAAUUUGCCCUCGACUGGCUUCAGGUCCUCUCCAGCACACACAGUGUAGCCUUGGCCUGGGUGGACGGCAGGAGCGGGGUUGGUCGUGGACAGAAGACCACAGCCGUAGAUCCACGCAAGCUUGGCUCACUUAGAGUCAAAGAUUAUCUGGGAGUUAUAGAGUUAUUGAUGCAACUACCAUACAUUGAUGAUCGUCGAAUGGCCCUCUAUGGAAAGGCAUUUGGUGGUUAUUUAACUCUCAAGAUGUUAACUGCAACAGAUAAGCUCUUUCAGUGCACAGCGGCUGUGGCACCGAUAACUGACUUCAGGCUUUAUAGUGCUGCAUUUUCUGAGAGAUAUCUAGGCCUUCCAACAAAGGAGGAGCACGCGUACUCGAUUGCCUCUUUGCUGGAGGAGGCCAACAAGCUGAAAGAUGAGAAUUUCCUUAUUCUACAUGGAACUGCAGAUGCGCGGGUACACUUCCAGCACAGUGCAGAGCUCCUGAGCCGACUGGUGAAAGUGGAAGCCAACUAUUCACUACAGCUGUACCCAGACGAGGGCCACACCCUGAGAGAGCCGCGCAGCAUUCAGCACUUCCAGCGGACAGUUGUGAACUACCUCCAGACCUGCCUGAAGCACAGUGUCCUCCCAGAUCCCAUAGAGGAUGAGGAGGAGGAAGAUGACUGAGCUCAGAGUUCCUCUUCCCUUCUUCUUGGAGGGACUGUCUUAGGACGGUUUGCCAUCUUAUGCAUUACCUUGGAUCAGAUUACCAGGCACAAGAGCACAGGAGUGGGGACCAAACACGUCAGAUAACCUCCUACAGCUGUAUUUACUGUACACCUUGUUGCGCACAAUUAUUUCCGCUGUUGUACUCUGUUUGUUUACAAAAUUCACUUGAGCUGACAAGGACUAGAAGGCUUCUCAUGCAUGUCAUAAUGGCUGCAUGAUGUGGAAUAGUUUACAUUGCAUCUUUGGUCUUUUGCAGGUUUUAAAUCUCAUCCUUAAUGGUCAAAAGUGCAAAAAUUGCCAGUAGCCGGGAACAGACUAGAAGACUUAAAAUCUUUAUUGAUUUUCCUUAAAGAUAUCUGACUCAAUCAGCUCAGACUAGAAGAUCUUAUUUAGAGUUUUGCAGAUUCCAGUCAUAUAAAGUCCAAUAAUUGGGACUGCUUUUAUUCAAGAGAUUUGAGUCCUUAACUCUACAAUAACAUGCAAACUGGCCCUACUGAUCACUGACUGGGUCAUGAUGUCACUGUAAUUGUUAUUUUAGGUAUUUACUACAGUGUGUUCCUGGUUUAAAUACAAUUUGAUUAAGUAGAUGGAUUGUUCUGAAUGUGCCAAAUACAUGUUGUGGACUUUAUCCAGUGAUUUUAUUAGUAUUACUUGCAUUAUGUGAUUAAGAAUGAGUAUGCAACUGAGACUAUUUACACCCAAAGCGCUGAUUUCAACAAAUAUUGCAAGAAAGUCUAUAUAGGUCUGUCUGUGUACUGUAUUUGGAAGUACAAUAUGUUUCUGUUUUGAUACACCAUGGCAUUUUAAUCAUGUCUUGUGUAUUGCAGAAUUAAACUUUUUCUUUGGACAAACUGUUAAGCCAUAUUACAGCUCACAAAGGUGGUGGGCUUGACCAUCAAACUAUAACCCAAACCAUGGUAAUGGUAAAGUGCAAGCAGUUGGUUUGAAAACAAAAGGCCUCGCAUAAAAAUGUAUUUGGUUUCCUUCACUAGCCACCAUGGCUGUAGUCUAGACCCACUGGGGGUUGUACUGUAACUAUGAAACCUAACGCACACUAACACUUGGUAAAUGCUGACUUUGAUUUCUGAUAUUAAUUGAUAUUAGGUUUUUCGCUAACCCCAACCCUAACACACACUGAU